GAAGAGGAGAGGAAAGAGUAGAGCAGCUGGAAGAAACACACUUGGACUCAGAUUAUACGUACAUACACACACACACACACACACACACACACGCACACACCCCACACGGCGUCCCAAGAUGUUGAAGAAAAAGGAUUCUGGCACCGCAAAGUUAAGCAAAACUCAGGCUCAAGAACUGGCCUUGCUGAUUUCUCGCAUGCAAAAGAAUGCAGACCAAGUGGAGAAGAAUAUCCUGAAAGCAGAGCAGCUGCUGGCUGUGGACAAAGAGCGAGACGGGAAGAAUGAACAACUGAUCCACAGGAAAGAGAAUGCAGACAACCUGGCUCAGGCUGAGAAAUUGCUCAAGGAACUUUUCAUGGACGUGGACAAAGCCAAGAAGCUUCAGCACCCUCAGGCUUCAGAGAUAGAGAGCGAUGUGAAAAAUCUCCAUGAUCGUUGGGCCAAGGACUGCGCCAUCUACAGGGAAGUGUAUGACCAGGUACAAGACCUGGAUCUGACACAAAAGAUUGGCUGGGGUCCUCUGUUUGAUGAAAAACUGAAGCAGUUAAGAGAAGCAGCAUAUGGUCCCAAGCUUUCUGAUGUAGAGAGGCAGAUAGCAGCUCACAACAUUCUCCAUCAGGAAAUCGAGGCCUACAGCGACCAGCUGAAACCUAGCACCACCACCUCACAGGAGCAGUAUGCCACCCUCAAAGAGAAAUAUGCCAAACUUUUUGAGAGCUCCCAGCAACGGCGCAACCACCUGGCCUCUUUGUACGAGUACAUGCAAAGCUGCAGCAAGGAGCUCAUCUACCUGUCGGGCCAGCAGGAGAGGAUCCUCCAGAGAGACUGGAGCGAUCGCAUGGUCGACCCCCCGAGCGUCCGCAUGGAGUAUGAGAAAUUCAAAAGUAAUGCACUGUUAGCACACGAGCAAGAGGUCAACCUGCUGCAGGAGGAAGGAGAUCGUCUCCUUAAUGGGAAACACCCCGGCAGUCCAACCAUUAAAGCACACAGAGAUACGGUGCAGGCUGACUGGCAAGCCUUCCUCAACCUGUGUCUGGCACAGGAAGUACACCUGGAGAAUAUUGACACCUACAAGAAGUUCCAGCUGGAUGCAGAGAGGCUGUCAGAAUCUUUGGAGAGACUCAGGUCUACUCUGGACCCAAAGUCCAUGGAGAACAAGAGUAACUCUCAGGUCCUGCUGGCACUGGAGGGAGAUGAACCAGCAGUGAAGAGGAAUGAGCAGCGUCUGGCUGCCCUCAGGGAGCUCAGCAGCAGCAUCAUGCCUCUGAAGUUACGCAGAGUCCAGCCCAGCAAACCCACCACUGUAGUAUCCCUAUGUGACUGGAUUGAUGAAGAGGGUGCAGUGAAACGUGAUGAAAAGCUAAUCCUGAAGUCCAACGCUAAUAAUAAGAACUGGAAGCUUCAGGAUAGCAGUGGAAAGACCAAAAUCCUCCCUGGUGCAUGUUUCAUGAUCCCACCGCCUGAUGCUGAGGCCCUGGAAACAGUGAGCAGUCUGGACAGAGAACUGACAGACCUAAAGAGUCGUAGAUCUGCUCUGAUAGCCUCCUUAAAGAACCCCACUGUAGAGGUGAUUCGGCCUCAGAAGGCAGUUACCGCUGAAAGGGCUCCCGAGGAUCCCAGAGUUGCAGAGCUCCUCAGUGAAUUAGAUAAGCUCAAUAAAGCCCUGGAGACAAGCGAAAAACAAAUCCUGAGCCGAGAGAGGACCCCACUAGACAAGCGCAGCCCCACUCAGGACCUGGUGAACCGGGUGCAAGAGCUCGAGAAAUCUGCUCUCGCUGUGCAGAAGCUAGAGUCGCAGAAGUCUGCCAUCCAGAGAGAGGUGGAUCCUAUUCUGGCUAAGAAACCUCUGGGACCCACCGCCUCUGCCCUGCCACCUAAACUCAGCGCUACCAACAAAAAGUUUGACGACGUCAACUCACUUAUCGACCUUUAUAAUAAAAAAGCUACAGCCUCCAUGUACUUAGAGAAACAGAUGCAAAGGGUAGAAGGUAUUGUCUCUGGGUUUGAGAAGGAACUGGCGAAAGAUGGCACCAUCCUUGACAAACCAAAUGCUCUUCAGAGUCGCAACCAGAGGCUUCAGACACUGAGUAAGGAUGUUGCCUCAAGGAAAGAUGAACUGAAAAAAUUAGGCAGAGACUUGGACCUGACAGAGCAGGCGUGCAGCUCCCUGCAGCAGAGUUUCAGUGAAUACUGUGCCGACAUCCGCCGGCAGGAGAACCAGGUGAAGAACCUGAAGGACCGUUACACAAAUGUCAAUAAUCAACUCCAGGACAGGUCUGCUCUCAUACAGCAAGCAGCCAAUAAAAACCAGGAUUUCCAGAAUGCUGUUCAGUCACUGGACUUUUUCUUAGUCAAUUUGCCCGAUAAUAAGAUCAAACCUACUGACGGAGUGGCAGAAGUUACAACCAAGGAGAAUUCUCAGAAGAGAGUGGUAGAGGACAUCAAGAAGAAGUCAGACGAUUUAGAGCGAGUCAAGGACCUUUCCCGCAAUCUGCAAAAUGUCUUGCAUGACUAUGAAAUUAAGUCAAACACUUACCGUGCCAUUCUGACCGAUGAUGCUGGUGAUGAUGAGGAUGAGAAUGAACAAAGCGUCGAUGAGGGACCAGUUUCAGUGAAACGUCAGGCUUCCACUCUGGCUCAGUCUGUACAGAGAACGGAGAAAGAUCUACUGAACCACUACUCUGCAGUGUCUGCAGAGAACAACCAGCUCCUCAGUCAGUUGAGGACAGCAAAGAACAUGAUGGCUAUGAAUGAAGAGAAAGUCAGUCAGGUGGCUGUCACUCAGCAGCUGCAGCUCCAGACCCAGAUGAAAGACCUGGAGACAAGUGAUAGUCUGAAAAAGGAAUUAAACGAGGAGAUCAGCAGGCGUUUGCAUCUUGAAAACAACCUGGAAGCAUACAGAAAGAGGUUUAUGUCUCUGAAGAGCAGGAGAGGAGUGGAGAGGUUGGAAGAGAAGGAGGUGGUGCAAUAUUAUCGUGAUCCCAAACUGGAGAUGGAACUGCAGUCUCUGAAAAGCCGGAUCCAGGAUGAAGCACUGAAAAGGUCAAGCACCCAAUCAGAGAUCGAAAUUAUCAGUGAGAAAAUUAUCAAACUGGAGGUACAGCUGAGCAAAGUCGAACCUAAACUAAUCACUAAGAUCCUCACCGAAUACGAGAAGGACCCGCAGCUUGAUAAAGAAGCCGCUAAGCUUCGAGACGAGAUACAAAGGUUACGCCUGGAGCUCCAAACGAGGAAUACAGAGGCAGUUCAAGUGAAAAAUGAGAUCACACUUCUGGCUCAGCAGAAGCCAAAAAUCAUAGAGAAGGUUGUUAAAAAGGAAGUGGUGAGGCUCGAGAAAGAUCCAGAUAUGCUGAAAGCUGUUCUCACAUUCCAGAGUGAUAUUGCAGAGGAGGAAUUCCAGUGCAAGACCCUCAAUGAUAACAUUUUUAGCAUAAGGAGCCAAAUAAACACACUGGAGAGGCUCAUCCCCAGCAUCCAACCCAAGAUUGUCUCCAAGGUUGUGAAGCAAGUACAACAAGAUCCAGAAAUGGUCGAAGAGUCAAAGAAGCUGCAGAUGGCUUUGGAAGAGGAGAAGGAUGAGAAUGUUAUCUUGAUGAAAGACCUGACCACCCUUCAGUUACGUUACAGUGAACUGGAGAGGUUCAGGCCAAAAGUGGAGGUGAAGGAAAUUGUCAAUGAGAUUUACAGAGUUGACCCUGAAACAGAAGUCGAGCUGGUGCGUCUGAGGAAAGAGUUGCAGGAUUCAAGCCGAAACCGUACAGCCUUGGAGGGAGAAAUCGAUGCAGUGAGAGAAACUCUGAUUACACUGCGGGCUCAGAAGCCCAAGGUGGAGUACAAGGAAGUGACCCAAGAGGUGGUCAAAGAAGAGAAGAGCCCAGAGGUCAUCAGGGAAUUACAAAGGCUGAACAACCAAGACAGCCGUCUGCAAGUCAACUAUGACACCACCCUAGAGCUUCUGACCCACCUACGUAAAGAGAGGGAUGAGUUGAAAGCUGAAAAAUCUAAAGUGGAGACAAAGCUAGUGAAUAAAGAAGUCAUCAAAUAUGAGAAUGAUCCACUUUUGGAGAAAGAGGCUGACAGGCUUCGAAAGAAUGUCAGAGAAGAGAUUCACGAGCGACGAACUUUGGAGGAAUGUCUCUUUGACCUACAGAACCAAUACAUUAUCCUUGAAAGGCAGAAGCCAGAGGAGAAAAUUGUGACACAGGAGGUGAUUCGCCUUCAGAAGGACCCCAAGCAGAUGCAGGAGCAUGAAAAAUUAAACAAGACAUUGGAUGAGGAAAUGAAAGCCCGCAGAAAGCUUGAACUAGAGGUCAGACAACUCAAAGUCCUGGUUCAAGAGAAAGAGAAUAUGCUGGCUCAGAUGAAUGAUCGACAGAAGAAGAUCCAAGUAGAGUCGGAACUGAGACAGAUCAAAGCUCGUAUUUUUGAGCUGGAAAAUACUCCACCGCCCAUCGAGGAAAAAAUCAUCGUCGAGGAGGUCUUGAAAAUAGAGAAGGACCCUCAGUUGGAUAAAGUCAUUGAUGAUAUACAUGCCAGCUUGGAGACUGAGGGCAACGAGAUCAAUCGUUUGCAGAGAGAAAUUUCCAACAUAAAGCUCAAGUUGGAAAUCCUGCAAAAGGAGAAGACCAUUGAAAAGGUCGUUUACAGAGAAGUUGUCCGUGUUGAGAAAGAUCCGGCAGUGGAAGCUGAAAGGGAACGACUCAGAGAUCUAGUAAUGAAGGAGAGAAAUCUCAGGCGGGACCAAGAAGAUAACCUUCAAAACAUCCACCUCAAAAUAACCCAUCUGCAGACAUCAAAGUCUACAACUUCUCAUGAGGAGACGGUACUCAUUUCCCAAAGAGAUGCCAUGCAAAGGGAGAAGGAAGAUCUCCUGAAACAGCUCAGAAACUUAGAGUCUCAGAGACAGAGCAUUAGCAUAACCUUCCAGCAACAGUCCAAGCUGAUGAGUGAGAGGAACCUGAUGGCACGGCAGAGAAGUCUUAAAACAUCGUCUGAAGUACAGUGGCUGGAGACAGAGAUCCUGAAAGAGAAGGACAAAAUACACGAGAGAGAGAGACUCAUCAGUGAGCUGCUGAACGGCAUAGAGAAUGAGGACCAUUCAGAGACUCACACCAGAGAGGCAAAUCUUUCCACAAGGAUCACCAUCCUCGAUCCAGAAACUGGUAAAGACAUGUCACCCUAUGACGCCUACUUACAAGGACUAAUUGAUCGAAACCAGUACAUUCAGCUGUCGGAGCUGGAGUGCGACUGGGAAGAAAUCACUUCAACUGGCCCAGAUGGAGAUACAACCAUUUUGCAGGAUCGAAAAAGUGGGAAGCAGUAUUCAGUCAAGGAUGCUCUGCGGGAUGGUCGUUUGACUCGGCAUGACUUGAACCGCUACAGGGAAGGGAAAAUGCCCGUUUCUGAGUUUGCCCUCCUUGUUGCAGGCGAAGUAAACAAGCCCUACAUUCCACCAUUAAUGCCAAAAUCUCCCACCAAACCAUUCCCAACCUCUCCCACCAAAACAAUCUCAGCUUCUCCCUUGAGCUCCAUGUCUACAUCUCUGAGGUCCUCCCACACCAACCUCACCACUCAGUAUAGCGGCAGUCUGAACAACCUUAUUGCUUCAUCGGGAGAUGAGUUUUUCCCAAUCUCUGGCAUUUUUGACACCACCAGUGAAAGCCGCAUGUCUGUGAGAAGUGCCCUCACCCGCAAUCUCAUUGAUCCUGACACAGCUCUAAAGCUGCUGGAGGCACAAGCAGCCACUGGUGGAAUAGUUGAUCUGGGCAAAAAGGACAAGGUGUCUGUCCACAAAGCAGCUGAACGGGGUCUCAUUGACCAAAAUCAUAAGUAUAAGCUUCUGAAUGCCCAGAAAGCCUUCACUGGAGUCGAGGAUCCGGCGACCAAACGGCGUCUUGCUGUAGGACAGGCAGCACAGAAAGGGUUCAUACCCCAAGAAAAUGCCAAGAGGUACUUAGAGGCGCAGUACCUGACAGGUGGGUUGGUGGAUCCCAGCAAAGCAGGCCGCCUCACUAUUGAGGAAGCUCUCGCCACUGAGCUGAUUGACAGCACAACAGCAAAAGAUCUGCAAGAUGAGGCUUCCCACACAAAGGAGCUGGUGGACCCCAUUACUAAAGAGAAGAUAUCAUACAAACAGGCGAUGGAUCGGUGCAGAAAAGACACCAGCACGGGGCUCCUGCUCCUUCCUGCAACCUCCACUGAUGUUGCAACUACUCCAUCAUACUCAAAGUUCCGUUUCUAGUUUUUGUACAGACACUGGUGAAAGAGGGUGCAUGAAAACAUUAACUGAUAUGCUUAGGGGGGGGGGGAGAGGAACAGAGGUGUUUGAACAUUUUGAAAACACUGGAAAAAAGUGUAUCCGGUAGAAGUGGACCCUUUAAUCUGCUUUUUCAGUUCUAUUUUUGGCCUGCUGUGAAAAUGAAGUU